UUCUUUUUUCGUUUUUAAAGUGCCCACAUUUAUUCCACCGUUCACAGUGACGGCUGCCAAAAUUCGGAAAUGUUUUAUGAAAACAAAAUUUUAGAAAAAUAAUAAAAAAAUAGAAAACCAAACCACACAACUGACAACGGAGCCAAAAUACAACGAACCACCCGAAAAAAAAAAAAAAAAACAGUGGAGAAAAUCUUCUCUUAAAUCUAUCUUUCUGUAGAUCUUGAGGGAGUGGAGGCAGUGCUAGGAUCUAUUUAAAAAAGGGUUUUUGAUUCUUUGGGGUUUUAGGGAGUUUCAGAAAUGGCAACUCCUUAUCCCAUUCGAGUUACUGCUGCUCAGGUGGGAACAUAUUUUGUGGGGCAGUACUAUCAGGUACUUCAACAGCAGCCACGCUUAGUGCACCAGUUUUAUAGUGAUGCCAGUACCAUGGUUCGUGUCGAUGGCAAUAACAGAGAAACCGCCACUGCAAUGCUGCAAAUUCAUGCUCUCAUUAUGUCGCUUAACUUCACUGGGAUUGAGAUCAAGACAGCAUAUUCCCUUGAAUCAUGGAAUGGAGGUGUUCUAUUGAUGGUUUCUGGUUCUGUGCAAGUAAAGGAUUUCAUUUCCAGGAGGAAAUUUGUGCAAACAUUCUUCCUUGCACCGCAAGAGAAAGGUUAUUUUGUUCUAAAUGACAUCUUUCACUUUAUUGAUGAGGAGCAAAUUCACCCCCAUCCAGCAGUCCUAUUAGCCCAUCACAGUUUUGAUUCUAAACUCAAUGCUGCAGCAACAAUGCCAGAAGCAGUGUCAAGCUAUUUGCUGGGUGGAGAUAUCCAGAGUCGGGAGUUUGUGGUUCCUGUUGACAUCAAAGAAAAUGGUCCAGUUGAUGAGUAUAGUUUGCAAGAGCAACAAAUACAGCAAGCCCCAGAAUCUGAAAGCAUUGCGGAGAACAGUUGUGUCCAAGAGUCCAACAGUUCACUUCUGUAUACAGUGCAUACCGUCCAAGAGCAUGUGCCUCCUUCUGUUGAGGAACCUGUUGGGGAACCCCAAAAGCACACCUAUGCCUCUAUUUUACGGGUUGCUAAAGGACAACCCGCACCAGCAGUUGCUCCUCAGAUAUCUGUUAACAAGAACAUGCCACCUUCUUCUGACUGGGACCAAGCUUUCCAGCACAGUGCUCAGCAACCUUUUGUCUCCUCAAAUGCAGUUGAAAGGUCUGGAGCCGAUAUGGUUGAGGAAGUUUCAGCCAUAGGAAAUGAAGGUGAAAUAAAAUCUGUUUAUGUAAAGAACUUGCCCUCUUCUGUGUCUGAGUCUGAAAUUGAGGAGGAAUUCAAAAAAUUUGGUGAGAUCAGUCCUGAUGGAGUUGUGAUUCGUAGUCGCAAGGAUGUUGGUGUUUGUUAUGGAUUUGUUGAAUUUGAAGAUAUGGCAAGUGUCCAUAAUGCAGUCAAGGCAGGAACUGCACAGGUUGCUGGACGACAAGUAUAUAUCGAAGAGCGGAGACCAAACAACUAUUUUCCAUCUCGAGGAGGAACGGUUAAAAUGUCCUGGACAGGGAGGGAUAGAGGCCGAGGCAGCUAUCAAACAGAAGCUCCAAGGGGCCGUUUUGGUGCUCGAAGUUAUGGCAGGGGGGGUGGCUAUGAAGUAAGCGAGCGAGACUACAAUAGAUCGAGAGUAAAUGGUUUCUACAGGCCAACUCCUCACCAAGAUAGAGGGUAAUCUGGCCAACAAAUAUCUAGAAUUGGACAAGGUUCAUAGUCAAUAUCUUUAUCUUCUAUGAAGGGAUCAAACUUUUGGUUCCAUCCACCACAAAUCCAGCACAUUUACCUUUUGUUACAUUCAACGACUAUAUAUCGGUGUUAUCAUCAGCUAGUUUACUUCAAUGUGUUUGGAAUAGGAAUUACAUUUUUUUUGGCAAUAUGUUUGUCAUACUCAAUUUGUUCUUUCAAUAUUUAAUAGGCAACAUGUUUGCAAUUUUGGGCAUAUUGCUUUUUGCUUUGGGGUGCCUCAAAAGUUUGAUCUAUUCAGUCUAAAGAAAACAAGUCCCAUUUCUUCCUUUAAGAUGUUCCUGCUUGAUCAAAAGUUUGAUUUUUUUGGCCUAAGUAAUUGGUCCAGCUUAAACUAAUAAGUUACUAAUUUGUUUAUCUGAAUUAAUAAUUUCAUUAAAGAUAGUAUAGAGUUUAAGAAUUUAUUGCCAUCAGUAAUGUGAUUUGUUAGUAGAAUGCCAAACUCUAAAUUUUAGAGAUCAGGUUCAAUUUUUUUUUUUUUUUGGUUUG